UUGGUAGAGAAAUGAAUCUGCAACAUGUUUCCUGGCUUAUCUACUUUAUCAAUCUGCCAUUCUGCCUGCUAUUUGACUUCGAGCCAUUUGUAUUAUACUUAACGCAUGGCAACCAUUAAAGCCUAGCUAUGACAAUAAACACAUGCACAACUUCGUAGAGCACGGCUUAAGAAACUACACAAUUUGUCAUAGAAUAUAAACACUUUGACUUGACCUAAUUAAUUAAGCCGGUUUGACUUCUUUAAUUCAUACUAUUUAUACUAAAUCUUGUGGCAUAAAUACAUAUCCCAUUUUAUUCCCUAUCUUUCUAUCCAAAGACCUUGAAAACAAAAACAAAAAAUGGCAUUAGCAUCACAUAUUCUUACUCUUCUUUCUCUCUUUCUUCUGAUCACACUCGUCCAACCACAAGUUCCUCCAUCAGAGCAACUCCAAUUCCUAAACCGCGGCGACUUCGGAGACUCUGAAAUAGAGUACGGCGCAAGCUACAGAGACGUAGGCGUCAUCCGUAAUCACUUCCGUCUAUGUUUCUACAACACCACGCCAAAUGCAUACACACUCGCCAUAGGUAUGGGAACGGGAACUUCUGACUCCAUCAUCCGCUGGGUUUGGCAGGCUAACCCUCGAACACCAGUCCACGAAGAGGCUUCUCUUUCCUUCGGACCAGAGGGGAAUCUUGUUCUGUCCCAGCCAGAUGGUAGAGUCGUCUGGCAGACAAACACAGAAAACAAAGGCGUUAUUGGCUUAACCAUGAACGAGAACGGUAAUCUUGUACUGUUUGACGAUGGAGGAUGGUCUGUGUGGCAGAGUUUUGAUUUUCCGACAGAUACACUCCUUGUUGGUCAGUCUCUCACACUUGAUGGCCCUAACAAGCUUGUGAGCCGUGACAAUGGGUCAUAUACUCUUACCUUAGAGCCUGACCGGCUCGUUCUAAGUCAUUUAAUCCCUAGGAGUAACAACAGAACCGUUGUUUAUCACGUUAUAGAAGGUCGGUUUAUUCCAAGCACGACUCUUUACGCGGCAAAAGACCAAGGAACCGCGACUCAGUUGGGCCUAGCCACGCCUGGUCUUAGGCCCGAGUUUCCGUACAAGCAGUUUCUCGCGAGGCCUAGGUUUAAUGCCUCGCAAAGUUUCCUCAGGCUUGACGCUGAUGGAAAUCUUAGGAUCUACACUUUUGAUUUCAAGGUUAGUUUUCUUGCGUGGGAAGUAACGUUUGAGCUAUUUAACCGCGGAGGCAACGAGUGUUUGUUACCGUCGAAAUGCGGAGAGUUUGGGCUUUGUGAGGACAGUCAGUGUGUGGCUUGUCCGUCGGCUUUGGGCUUAUUGGGCUGGAGUAAAGCUUGUCAGCCCAAGAAGGUGAAGAGUUGUGAUCCAGAGACUUUUCGUUAUUAUAGACUUGGAGGUGUUGACCAUUUCAUGACCAAGUAUAACGUUGGUCUUGCUGUUGGAGAGAGUAAGUGUCGUGGUUUGUGUACUGGGGACUGUAAAUGUUUGGGGUAUUUUUACGAUAAGAGUAGGUUUAAGUGUUGGAUUAGUUACGAGCUUGGGACUUUAGUCAAAGUGUCCGACUCUAAGAAAGUGGCUUAUAUCAAAACCCCUAAUGUUUGA